AUGCAAUAUAAGAACCUGUUCGCUCUUUCAUCGCUUCUGUCGCUGGCGAGAGCUGCUCCUAAAAGCUUUCUUUCCAAGCGCAUCGACCAGGAUGAAAUUACUUGGGGACCCCUCAUAGGUCUUGGACCCACUGUUGAUGGUGUCGAAAUUGUAGGCGUUGUUGCCACGAUCUACCCCGGAAACAUGCCCAAGACACAAGCUGGUGGUCUUUACAACUGGAUCGGAAUCAACAAUGAGACCGAGACGGGAGAUUUGGUCCAAGGCAUUGUCGGCUCAUACAGCCAUGGCGAAAGCGAAUGCAAGGAAGUUUACGGAUGGGACACCAAAUUAAACAACUGGAACCAAUAUGUUGGCGAAGAACGUACGUUGGCCGCAACCCCUGAGGAUGGAAUCACUUUCAACUACACUCUGGUCAACCAGAAGACUGGAUUGUGGUACCAAACUGCUCGCAAUGCACGCACUGGAGCGCUGUACGCCGAAUACAACAAGACUUCACCAACAAUGACGAUGGUCAACACUGCCGUUGAGUGCCAGUCAUGCACGCCUCCAACUGAUGUCCAAUAUUGGAAGGACAUCACCAUCAAACUUUCCGGGGCCGACAAGAACUUUGGCAGCACACUCUAUCAAUCGAACAACGCAACCAACACGAAGCCCUUCGCCAUCGACAACGGCAAGAUUUGGAAGAUUCAGAAUGUCACCAUUCCUGUUGUCCCUCCGGUUGCUGACGUUGUCGCAUGA